AUGUCUUCGCUGUCAUGGAUUGGUUGGAUAGUUUUCUUUCUUCUCUCAAGGAGAACAUUAGCUCAAAGUCCAGAGGUACAAUGCACAGUUGCAGCAGUGCAGGAGUUGCACCCCGUUCAGGGUCUGCUGGAGAGGUUUGACGCUGGUCCGGGAUGCGCUGCCAGGGAGAGCGGGAACAAAGAGACUCAUGUCAUUGCAGUGGGGAGAGCGUCAAACAGCCCUGGAAAUAAAAUUACUGUGUUGCUGAAGCCUUUAUCUGUGUCUCCUGCUCCUCUCCGAGCCAUCCACCUCCUCCUCAGCUCCAAAGUCCCCGUCUCCUGGUGGAUCGAGGCAGAAAGAUUGGCAUCUGACCUCACAGUGCUGGUGCAGGUGUCCUUACACUCCAGUGUUCAGUCCAACUCAGUUCAUCUGCAUAUUGAGAUGGUGCAUUCACUUCCUUUUCAUCCUCGUGUUCUGCACCGCUGGGCUCUGAGACGCCAUGGCAACCUGUCCUCUCUGACUCAUGUAACACACGCAAAUCGAGUCUACGUCAGACUGGGAGAGGACCCCACCAUGCCUGCAGUGUGCCAGCUGCAGUCGAUGUUCCUUUCUCAUAACUACAUGACCUCUGACCUCCAGCCACAGGAAGUGCAGGGCUGCACCCCCGCGCCUCCAGGAGGGAACAGCCCUGAAGUCCAUGUGAUCAAACUGCAUUCAGCAGGCUCAGGCCUCUGUGGCUCUCUCCAGGUGGAGGUGAUCGUCUCUCUUGUUCCCCCGACAGUUCACUCAAACACUCAGGAGAUUGUGCUCAUUUUGAGCAGCUCCGUGCCAGUCAACUGGGCCAUUGCUGCUCAUGGUGUACAGGGCCAUGUAUGUGUUCAUGCUUCCAAUAGUGUUUCCCCACCCUUCCCACCUGAGCCCAACCUGAUCCUGUCCAGUACAGUUAACUCUGACCUGUCCACCAUGUCAGACCUCCUGGCCUGGGCACGUGAGAGUGGCAUCACCACGGUGACCUCGUACACUGAGGCUGACCUGGCCAAUCGCUUUGUGAUCCACCUGGCUGGACACGGCACAGUGAUGACUCCGCUGGUCUCGAGGCCUCCCUGGUCUGAGGAACGGCGGCUCAGGCUCUGGCUCAGCGACGCAGGUAAAGGAGGAAGAGACAGAGAGAGUUUCACGGUGCAGUGUAAAGACGGGCGUCUCAGCGUGACAGUGGACCGACACAUCCUGCAGAUCUCGUCUGUGCCCGUGGCUGCUGUGACUCUGCAAGACCCGACAUGCCAGGCUCAGUCCAAUGGGAGUCAUUUCCUGUUGGUGUUUCCAGUCAUUUCCUGUCAGACCGAGGGGAUCCUCCUGGGACAGUCCAAAGGGGUGCAAUACAAAAACACGGUGUUAUUAUGGAGAGACGAGCCUCGGGCUCUUCUAGCACUGAACGAGACAGAAAAGAAGUCCAGAAGUCCCCUGAGCAUACAUUUUAGCUGUUUGGUGCCCAGCCUCUCGAGUCCUGCUGACGCUGAUGAGGUAAACACUCCUCAGGCGGUGCUGGACCCCUGGGCACUGGAGGGGCCAGAGGAGGAUCCGAGACCAAGACAAUACCCAACACCCAGACGCAGAUCUGGGCCUCUGCUUACUAUGCAGCUCUUUAUCAGCGAGAGCUAUGAGCAGAAACAAAUUGGCCCCUGUGUCAUCACAGCAGAGAACCGAGUCUAUGCUGAGAUUUCAGCCAAUGGGCCACUCAUAGAUGUUGUAGAAGUGAAGUCAUGUGUGAUCUCACCUCAAUCAGACCCAAAAAAGUCUCCUUUCUGGAGCAUCAUAUGGGAUGGCUGUUCAUCAGAUCCCUCACUCAUCUUUGCUGCAAAGACAAAUGAGGAGGAGGAGGCUGAAGAUGAUGACAGAGAAGAAGAGGAAAAAGAAGAGACAGAAGGACUAGAAAAAGACAGAGAUUUGUCAUUUAAAGGAAAGACUGAAAGAAGAAUAGAACCACAUGAGGAGAUACUAAAGAGUAUGAGAGUAGAGGAGGAGAUGCAGUUGAUGAGGUUUAGUUUUAUCAUGAGACCAGUUUAUAAUGAAUCUAUGCAGUUUCUCCACUGCAGCGUUCUCCUGUGUGACUCUGACAUGACAAGAGGAAACUCCGUGAUGGAAACUGUGAAGAGGGACUGUCAUGGCAGGUUGCAGAUCCCCCCACUUAUAUCUAAGUCACCCAGGCAUCAGUGUGAGAUCAGAAACCUGUCUCGGCCUAUGGUGGUCACUCAGCCCAUCAGUUCUCUUGUUCCCAAACUGUUGAGGCCCCCUGCUGGUCAGAGAACAAAAAGACUGAGCGUCUCACCAUUGGCCAGUCCUGACCCGGAGCACAGCAGCUUUGUGGCUGAGACAGGACCGGUGUUAGGAAUCGUGUUUGUGGCCUUUGUGAUGGGUGUGAGUCUGAUGGGUGGGCUGUGGUGCAUCUACAGCUACACAGGGAUACGUCAAACACCACUUGGAGGAGCAGGUGAUGUGACAGAUGAAACCCCUGGAGGACACAAUACCUGGGAUCCAUCUUCAGUGUCCAACCAGUCCACAAGUUCUGUGUAAAAGAUUUCCUCCUGCAAAUCUGAGAAAAGAAGAAGUGGGACAGGAGUUACAACAAUGAUGUGUGAGCAAGCACAGGUGUCUACAUGUGAGCAAUAUAGGGACCAUGUUUGUGCAGUUCUCCUAGUGAGUACUGUGC